AUGACGACAGCGUACGUGACGGACAACACAGGAGGGCCGAUCCUCGACGAGCUGCACCACCCGGCCGACCUCUUCGCCGUAGGCGCGGGUCACGUGAAUCCACGGCAGGCCAUCGAUCCAGGUCUCGUCUACGACCUCACACAGGAAGAUUACGUUCCGUAUCUUUGUGGCCUCGGCUACAACGACUCAGCUGUUAGCGCCCUAACUCGCAAACCCGUGCGCUGCUCGUCUCUUAAGAGCAUCUCCCAAGGAGAGCUGAACUACCCUUCCAUAUCGGUCAAGCUGCGGGCGAACAGUUCGAAGUCGGUCAGCUACACACGGACGGUGACCAAUGUGGGGAAGCCGACGUCGAUUUACGCGGUGAAGGUCGACAUGCCGAAGGGGGUGACGGCGAGCGUUACGCCAACCACGCUGUCGUUCAAGAAGGUGAACCAGAAGAAAAGCUUCAGCAUCAGCUUCAGGAGAAGCGGAGGUCGAUCGGGCAGAGUCAGUGGGCAACUGAGGUGGGUGUCGAGGAAGCACGUGGUUAGAAGCCCAAUCUCCAUCCUCUUGAAGUAA